AUGUCGAUUAUAUUACACACGGGAAACGCAGGAGUGAAAACCGUAUCAUGUUUAAAAACAAAUACAAAGAAAUAUGAAGAAGCGACAGUGGACAAUCUAACAAUAGGAAGACUGUACACCAACGCUCAAAAAGAUUUCAUGGGAAGCAUACGAGUGGGAAUAAUACCGUUGUUAAACAAGGACGAGAGUCUAGAACACGCAAUAUUAAACAUAAUGGUGGAAACAAACAUAGAAAUUGAAUGCAUAUCUCACGGAAAAAACCUGCUGAUGGGAAAAUACAGCAAGGCACAACCAAAUACGCUAUUCUCUGGCUUAGCUAUAGACAAUUACAAAUGGAAAAACAAAUAUACAAUAGCCGGAGCACCAGCAGUAGAGUAG